AUGGAACGAGAAAAUCAAAGUAUGGUGACAGAAUUCAUCCUCAUUGGAUUUUCCAGCUUCCCAGAUCUGCAGAUCCCUCUGUUUGUGGUGUUCACCAUUAUGUACUUUACUAUUUUGAUAGGGAAUAUUAUCAUUAUCACCACAGUAAGGCAUGAACCCAACCUUCAUAUCCCCAUGUACUUCUUCCUUGCAAUUCUUUCCAGUUCAGAAAUCUGCUAUACACUCAUCAUUAUCCCCAAUAUGCUCGCAAAUCUUCUAAGAGAAAAGGGAACUAUUUCAUUUGUUGGCUGUGCUACUCAGAUGUCUAUGUUCCUCGGCUUCGGUAGUACAAACUGCAUGCUUCUGACAGUGAUGGGGUAUGAUCGAUACGUGUCCAUAUGUAAACCAUUACGUUAUCCAGUUCUGAUGAAUCAGGGACUCUGUACUAAACUGGUUGUUUUUUCAGCUUCAACAGGUUUUCUUUGUUCUACACUUGAGACCAUUAUUAUAUUUACCUUGCCAUUCUGUGGGCCGAAUAAAAUCCAUCACUUCUUUUGUGAUUUAGCACCAUUACUUGAGUUGGCCUGUGGCCGAAAUUUUAUGGGGGAAAUUGUUAUUUUUCUUAUGUGUUUUCUGGUGGUGUUUUGCUCGUUCCUUCUCAUCCUUCUGUCAUAUCUUUUAAUCUUAAAUGCAAUCCUGAAAAUCCCCACCACAGAAGGAAAGCGCAAAGCCUUUUCAACUUGCACCUCCCAUCUCAUUGUGGUGGCUGUACAUUUUGGAUGUGCUUCUAUUAUUUACCUGAGGCCCCAAUCCAGGUACACUUUGAAUGAAGACAUGUUUAUCUCUGUUACAUACACCCUGGUGACUCCGUUGCUGAAUCCUGUCGUUUACAGCCUGAGGAACAAGGAUGUCCAAGUGGCACUCAGGAAAUCCUUGGGCAAAAGCACCUGGAAGAUGUGA